AUGUUGACGUUGUUGACAGCUAUGUAUUUAGUGGUGCGGGCUGCGUCUUCGCAGGCCGAACCGAUUCGUGUGCUGGUGACAGGGGCGGCCGGACAAAUCGCCUAUUCUCUGCUGUACAGCAUCGCAAAGGGGGAUGUUUUCGGCCAGGAUCAGCCAAUCAUCUUGGUGCUUUUGGACAUCCCGCCCAUGCUGCCAGUUUUGGAUGGGGUCGUUAUGGAGCUGCAAGACUGCGCUCUCCCGCUUCUGAGGGAGGUCAUUCCGACCGAUAAAGUGGAGGUGGGCUUCAAGGACCUGGACGUUGCCAUCCUGGUCGGUUCUAUGCCCAGGAAGGAGGGGAUGGAGAGGAAGGACCUGCUGAAGGCUAACGUUGCUAUCUUUAAGACCCAGGGUGAGGCCCUGGACAAGUACGCCAAGAAGACUGUCAAGGUCCUUGUUGUUGGAAACCCUGCAAACACCAACUGCUUGAUUGCCUCCAAAUCUGCUCCCUCCAUUCCUAAGGAGAAUUUCUCCUGCCUGACCCGCCUGGAUCAUAACAGGGCUCGCUCACAGGUGGCAAUACGUGUGGGUGUGCCCUCCAACUGCGUGAAGAACGUCAUCAUCUGGGGAAAUCACUCCUCCACCCAGUACCCGGAUGUCCACCACGCCAAGGUUCACGUCCACGGCAAAGAGGUGGCUGCCUUCGAUGCCGUGAAAGAUGACAACUGGCUGAAGGGAGAUUUCAUCUCUACCGUGCAGCAGCGUGGUGCAGCCGUUAUCAAGGCCAGGAAGCUGUCGAGUGCCAUGUCUGCCGCCAAGGCUAUCUGUGACCACAUGAGGGACAUCUGGUUCGGCACUCCUGACGGCGAGUUUGUUUCCAUGGGAGUAUAUUCUUCUGGGAAUUCUUACGGAGUUCCCAAUGACCUUGUGUACUCUUUCCCUGUUGUGAUCAAGAACAAAACCUGGAAGGUGGUGGAUGGACUGGCCAUCAACGACUUCUCCCGCGGCAAAAUGGACGCCACUGCUUCAGAGCUCGUGGAAGAGAGGGACACGGCCGUUUCUUUCCUCGGAGUGUGACUGACCGGUUCCAAAGCAACACAGCAGCAGGGAGACUCCAGAAAAAACCCUCAGUCACAGCUGUGAACCUCUCCUAAUGUCUGUAUGUGUGUGCGUGUGUGUGUGUGUGUGAAUGAGAGAGUGUGUGUGUGUGUGUGUGUCAGUCACUUCACGAACUAUACACAUAAACAGGGACCUGUACUGUAAGAUAACUCCAGCAAGUCUUUGGCCAGGGAAUACCAGAGGAGUAUCCUCUAAGUGGAUAUUAAUGCACAGUUGUCCUUCUUAAUGUAACAUUACAUGUUGACCAACGGUUAAAUAAAAUAUUAAAACUAA